AGCCUUUUGCCUGGUUACCCUUGGAAUCCCGCAAAGGGUAUUUCCCACUGCCCACAACAAUCCCUUAUUUUCUUCACUCUCCUUUCCCAGUUUCCCUCACUUUCAUUUGAUUUCCUCCAAAGAUAUGUAUGAAAUCACAUUCACAUUCAUGUCUGCUUCAAAACCCUCCCAAUUUAACACCACCUAGACAGUUCAGAGCCACUAAACCCCACACCCCUAUCCGCUCAAACCACUUCUAUUUAUGAGAUAAUAAUACCAAAUCAAGGCCUCAACAACAAACAACUCCAGCAUCAUAAACAUACAACCCCCAGUCCCCAACCCCAAGUAUCACUCCCCUCCACCCAUUCUUCAGUUCUUCACAUGCUAUUUCACCAGUAGCACUAGUAGUAGCUUGUGUCAUUCAUACACCUGUACUCAUCAUUCCGCCCUGCCUUUUGCUUCCCGAAUACUGUUUGUAACAUAGCAUAGCAUACAUCUCUGAAGACUUUAAGAUUAUACACAUUUCUUGAAAGAUGCCCUCUAUUGUUAAAAGGGUUCUCUUGUCCAUGUUCAUUAUCAUUGUUUUCCUCUUCAAUCUGCCCACAUAUUCACAUGCAAAUGGGUUGCCGGAGGCAGUGAAAAAUGGGACUGUGGUCGGGGAGGAGAUGGUUCCUAUGAUUGAGCCAGGAAAAGAAAUGAUGCUCAUGCUAAACGAGAGCAGGAGGAAGCUUGGAAGCUUCCAGAUUUGUGCAUUGUGCACUUGCUGUGGGGCUAGAGGAGGCUACUGCCUGCCAACUCCUUGUUGCUACGCCAUCAGCUGCAACAUCCCAAACAGGCCCUUUGGUUUCUGCUCCUUCCUUCCCAAGACCUGUAAUUGCUUUGGAUGCCAUAUCUAGGACUAGUAGUAGGGGAGUAUUAUUGAGCUGCAAAAUCAAAACUUCUCCAAAAAUUUUUUAUUUUUGGGUUUUGAUACCAGUUGAUAGUAUUGGGAGUGAGAAAGGGGAAGAAUAUCUGUUCUGCUUAUUAAUUGUUUAUAAUUAUUUUGGGGGACAGCUACAUCCAGCUAAGUUUUUGCUACUUGAUGGCAUAUUUGUCUUUUUGCUGGAUAAUUACUCAUAGCUCAUGAGUAGAACUGUAGAACGAGAAUUUUAAUUUCAAUUUUUAUUUUAGUAGCAAACACUUGGCUGGGAGAAGCACUGUAGUCAGUUGUAGUCCUGUAGAUUGGUACUUAUGGUACAUUGAGUGUGGGAGAGGAAAGUUUUGCCUCUCCAAGUGAAGCUAGUGGGCCAAAAUGUUAGUACAUAUUAAUGAUGAUGGUCCUGUCAAUUUUAGAAUUUUUAUAUUGUUUUUAGAACAUAUGUCUAUCUUAUGACACCUAAUGGUUUGUCAGAUUUAGAUAUGAUUAUUGUUAUUUGAA